CAUCCAAACAUGCUCACCAACAUUUUUCUCUACAUUUGGUGAACGAUAAUAUGCUCAUCAGAAGCAAAGCCGUAGCUAUAUUUUACUGCAAUGGCUUUGGCUUGUACAGUUUUAGAUCUCAAUAUCUGUACUCAUCAACCUCUAUCCAUACCCAUUUCUUGGUGAAAUACCUUGUUGAUUCUCUCGGAUUCUCCGAUGAAGAAGCUGCCUCUACUUCCUCCAAGGUAACUUCAUUGAAAACCUUAAAAAAUCCUCAUUUAGUCAUCAAUUUCUUGAAACAAAUCGGUUUGGACAACACCCAGAUGAAAAAAAUUGUAUCUAGAGCACCCAAAUUGCUAGUCGGUGAUGUUUCCAAAACCCUAAAUCCCAAAUUUCAAUGCCUUAUGGAUCUCGGAUUAUCCGGGUCGGACCUAGUGAAUGUAAUUGCUAGAGAUUCAAAAAUUGUUGAAAGAGGUUUAGAUACUCAUUUGAGACCUACCAUUGACUUCCUUAGGAGAACUUUGAGUAGUGAUGAAAAUGUAGUUAUGGCGUUAAAGAAAUCUCCUUGGUUGCUUACUUUUGGUGCUCAUCAUACUAUGGAGACUAAUCUAUUAUUGUUGAAAAACUGUGGUGUUCCUGAUGAGGGAAUAAAAAAACUUGUGCUUAGAAAUCCUAGGUAUUUUUCACAAAAUCCUGAGUGGAUUAAGGGUGUCUUGCAUAGGGUGGAGAACGAUUUUCGAGUUCCACUUGACUCUUCUAUGUUUCCUUAUGGAUUUCAUACAUUAGCCUCGCAAAAGAAGUGUACCUUGGAUAGGAAAAUUGGAAUUUUCAAGAGUUUUGGAUGGACUGAUAAUGAGAUAAUUGAGAUGUUUAGGAAGUUUCCUUAUUGUAUUGCCCAGUGAGAGGUCAAAAUUCAGAAAGCAUUGAAUCUUUACAUUAAUGAGCUUGGUCAUGAACCUGCUUACUUGGCUUCUCAGCCUUCAGUUUUGAUCUAUAGUCUGGAAAAAAGGGUGGUACCUCGGAUGCAAGUCUUGAAAAUUUUGGACAAAAAGAAGCUUGAGAGGAGAAAGUUGGCUCUUUAUACAGUUGUGAGCUUAUCAGAGACAAAGUUCAUAGAUUAUUUUGUGCUGCCCUACAAGGAUCAGAUACCUGAUUUGUAUGAAUCACAUAAGAAAACUAUGGCUCCCUAGACGUUUUAGUUUAACUUUUUUAACAUCAUAUUUUGUAGUCCGGUACAUUUUUGCGUUUCUUUUUUCCAGUUUGUAUUCUGAAAAAUACAGUUGGUGUCAUUUCUAUCCUUAUAAAGGAAAAAUGUCAUUGGAGUGUUUUUGCUGUUUCGAACUUAAUUUGCUUUGUAGUGAUGUACAUUGUUUCCAGAGAAAGGCAUCAAUCAUUUAAUCUAGUA